AUGGAAUCACAACAACUCCGUGAGCUGUUAGAUGCUCGAGGUAACACUAUUCUGGCCUUCGGUCCACAAAUCCAAUCAUUGGAUAAAUCAGUCGUUUUGAGCACUCGUUCCGGUAUUGACAAGGGUCUCAACUUCUUCAACCAUGCGUUAGACGACCUCGCGGUCUACUGGGACUCAUUAGUUGCCAAGAUUCCUGAGAUUGAGCGAGUAUUUCCAGAACGAAAACUCAUCAAGGAUCUAAAUCGCUUCAUGCGACAUGGACUGUACGAGGAAGGGCUAUGGAAAUACGUCAGUACCUCGGCCUGUGUGGCGUAUAUCGCACAAAUUAUACAGCAUUGGCAAUACUUGCAGAUGGCAAACGAAGGUCAUGGUCGAUCAACAGACCCCCAAGCGUCUUGGAUAGCACAACGUAAGGAGAACAAGACAGCCUGCUUAGGCUUCUGUGGUGGCCUCGUCCCUGCUUGUGUUGUUGCCAGUUCUCACAACAUGGUCGAGCUUGAACAAAACGCGGUGGUUGGUUUAAGGAUUCUUGUGUUGAUGGGUGUUAUCGCCGACAUUGACGAGGAACUGAAUGGAAAUGCCUAUGCAUUUGCUACCAUCUGCCGUGGAGAUGAGGCGCAGAAAGGAUUGCGUCGCAUUAUUGAGAAACACUCGCCUCAUGUUCAUAUGCAAGCUACCUUUGAUAUUGGGUGUGCUACCGUAUGUGUUCCGGAGGCGGUUGAGUCCGCAUUCUUGGAUGAAGCCCGGGAUGCUGGCGUCAAGUGCAUCAAGCUGGGUGUUCAUGGUCGGGCUCAUGAUGUCAGUGCACAGGGAGAGCGAAAAACCAGGAUCAUGCUACAGCUGUGUGAAGAGUUGCCUGGGCUUCGUCUACCAGACGCCUCGCAAUCAGCAAUCCCAGUAUACAGCAACAUUGAUUCGGAGGCUCCCCUCACCCAAGGCAGUCUACAUGAGAUGGCAAUCAGGGGCAUCCUUAGUUUACCUUGCGACUGGUACAGCAUAUUUGUGAAUGUGUGGGCUCGUCUUGAUGAUCCAUCUAAAGUCCUACAUUUGGCAGACGUAAAGCCUCCAGCUCCCCUUCCACAGCCCCCAUACCCUAACGAAGAGAUGAUCGCUAUCGUUGGCAUGGCUAUCAAAACUGCCGGGGCAGAUGACGUGGACGAGUUUUCGCAGAUGCUGCGCAGUGGCCAGUCCCAACACCAAGAAAUUGGUCCCAACCGGAUCGCAUUCAAGCAUGAACUCGACUCCUCCCGCAAGUGGUAUGCCAACUUCAUGCGUGAUGUGGAUGCCUUUGACCAUCGAUUUUUUAAACGCAGCGCACGGGAAUCUGUUGCAAUGGAUCCCCAGCAGCGACUUUUUCUAAUUUCCGUCUACCAGGCGCUUGAGAACGCAGGGUAUUUUUCCUCUGCUGUGCGCACGGGUGAAAGCCCUAAGGAUGUAGGUGUUUUCGUUGGGUCAACCAUGAAUGAUUACGAACACCAUGCCGAGGCCCACGAUGCAUCCGCUUUCUCAGCGACUUCCACCAAGAGCUAUAUCCCUGCUAGAGCUUCUCAUUUCUUCGGCUGGACGGGUCCGACCGUUGUUUAUGACACUACCUGUUCCUCGUCUAUGGUUGCUAUUCACUACGCCUGUCGCAGCUUGCUCUCCGGAGAAUGCUCUGCUGCUAUCGCUGGUGGUGUCAAUGUGAUGACCAUCCCUGGUACCUUCCGUGCUCUCGCACAGAGCAACUUUACUAGUCCGACAGGUCAAUGUAAACCAUUUGAUCAGGAUGCCGAUGGCUACUGUCGUGCCGAGGCUUGUGGUGCUGUGUAUCUCAAACGUAUGUCUGAUGCUGUCCGCGAUGGGGACCGGGUUCUCGGUUCUAUUGCUAGCUCUGCUGUACUUCAGAAUCACAACUCAACACCAUUCUUCGUCCCCAACUCCCCUUCGCUGUCUCAACUGUACAAUUCUGUGAUCGACAAGGCGAAUAUUGACCCAUCCCAUAUCGCCGUCAUGGAGGCUCACGGGACAGGCACCCAGAUUGGCGAUGCCGCUGAGUAUGCCAGUGUUAAACAAUGCGUCGUUGGCUCGUCUCGAACCAACAAUCUGAUACUUGGAUCUGCAAAGGGGCAUGUAGGACAUGCUGAGGGUACCUCCGGUAUUGUGUCCUUGAUCAAAAUUCUCACCAUGAUACAGGACGAUUAUAUCCCUCAGCAAGCCAGCUUCACAAAGAUGUCGCCCCAUCUCAAAUCCACCGGCGCGGAUAUGAUCGAGGUGUCUACGUCGAUCCGAAAAUGGCCAGAUGGGCCCCGCACAGCACUCAUCAGCAACUAUGGUGCCACAGGGUCGAACGCCGCGAUGAUCCUCACUGCCCCGCAAAGAAAAGAGCCCACUCUUCAUCCAGAAUUCACUGUUCCGUUCUGGAUUUCUGGCUUUGACGAGGAAAGCAUAACCAGAUACUGCGCGAAAUUAAACGACUAUCUCCAAUCCAAACCCAAUGCUACCCCUUGGGAUAUUUCUUACCACCUCAACCUGCAGUCCAACCGCGCCUUGCCUCAACGAGUUCUGUUCACUUGCCAGACGCGAAAAGAACUGGAAGAGAAGCUCCGAGAACUGUCAAACGGCGCGCUUCAGGCACAAAUAAUUCCUUUACGAGAAGAAAGGCCUGUAGUUCUCUGCUUCGGUGGUCAGACAAACUCUUACAUUGCGCUUCAACGCUCGGUCUAUGAUAGUGUGAAGCUCCUUCGCCACUAUCUUGACGACUGCGACGCCGCUAUUCAGGCCGCUGGGGGUACUAGCAUCUACCCCGACAUCUUCUCCACUUCGCCAAUAACAGAUCAGUCUCAUUUGCAAGCCAUGCUAUUCGCCAUUCAGUACUCCUCCGCCCGUUGUUGGCUGGACUGCGGCUUGUCAAGCAGAGUUGUUGCAGUUGUCGGGCACAGCUUCGGGGAGCUGACUGCACUCUGUAUUUCGGGAGCGUUGUCAAUGAAAGACACUGUCAAAUUGGUCAUUGCCCGGGCAAGGUUAGUGCGCGAUGCGUGGGGCCAGGAUCCUGGGGCCAUGCUUGUUGUUGAUGGAGACGAGAAUCUGGUAAACCUUGUCCUUGAGGAGGCGAAUGAAAAUUACAAGGGCUCUUUCCCAGCCAGCAUUGCUUGCUACAAUGGUCCGCACCAUUUCACCUUAGCGGGAUCUACUGAGGCCAUUGACUCUGUCACCUCCAUUUGUGAGUCCAUGCCAGGAAUCAAGCACAAGAGGACUGCUGUCACCAACGCCUUCCACUCAACGCUUGUCCAGCCCCUCCAGGAACAGCUGGAAAAGCUGGCGAAAUCCUUUACUCUAAAGCAGCCUGUUAUUCGCCAUGAAAGAGCCACAGGGUGUCAAAGGGCUAUGCCUUUUAACGUAUGGGACCAUAUGAGGCAACCCGUCUAUUUCAGACAUGCCAUUGAACGCCUCGCUCAAGAAUAUCCAUCUUGCGUGUGGCUAGAGGCAGGGUCUGGGUCUGGAGUUACCUCCAUGGCUAGCCGGUCUUGUUCAUCUUCUCACUCCUUCCACUCGCUCAAUAUUUCUGACCCAAGAAGAGGCACUGAAGGUCUUGUGGCUGCGACAUUGUCACUUUGGAAGAAUGAUAUCCCUGUCACAUUCUGGGGUCAUCACCACUUCCAGGACUCUGAUGUCAUUCCAUUAUCUUUACCACCCUAUCAGUUCAAGAAAACCCGACACUGGCUGGAAUACAAAGACCGUGCAUCUGGUCCUCAAGACCGGCAAGGGCCGGAAAUUGGUGACCUUCUUUCUCUUGUGCAGGACCGAAGCUCCGACUCCCAGCCCAUCUUUGCUAUUGACACUGAAUCAAACUAUUACCAUGAAAUGAUCAAUGGCCAUGUGCUGGGGAAACUGGCCCCUGUUCUCCCUGUUUCUGCACAGAUUGGUCUGGUUGUUGUGGCCUUGUAUAGUCUGCACCCAGAAUGGACGAAGAGCCGCUUCCCAUAUUCUGUCCAUGACAUGGUCAGUCAGACUUACAUCUGUGUUGACCCUUCACGCAAGCUCUGGCUGGAAUUCUCUGCAUCAGGCGAGAGUAAGCUUGAGUGGGACUGGGCUCUCACCAGUACAGAUAAGGCUCAGACGGAGGCCAGCAGGUUGGUGCAUGUUGAGGCGAGCUUGCACAUCCACCCCCCUCAAGAUACUAUGUAUAACACUGAAUUUGAUGCUUUGGAGCGCACUGUUUCGCAUCAAGAAUGCAAGGAGCUUCUUGGUGGUAAUCUGGAUGACGAUGAUGAAGUGCAUGUUGUCCAAGGGCAAGCUGUGUACCAAGUGAUUGACAACAUGGUAUCCUACGGGGACUUCUACCGCUGGACGAAACGCAUUGUGGGUCGGAAUGGUGUCGCAGCUGGUGUUGUGCGGAAACCAAUCAGUCAGUCGUAUGAUCCUGGACUGGGUGAUGCAUUCUGUCAAGUCGGUGCUAUUGCAAUCAACUGCAUGGCCGAAGCCAUCUCACCAAAUAAUAUCUGGGCUCACAAAGAAUGCGGUAAAACGCUGCUCUCCCCAACCUACACUGGAAGCUCAGAGAAAUGGCACGUUCUUGUAUACCAUCGAGCCAAGACAAGCCGCAUCCGUGAGAUGGAUAUUUAUGUUUUCGAUCCCGCCAACGGUCAACUGACACAGGCGUACGUUGGGGCGCAAGCUGUGCAGGUUCCAAAAAUGCUUUGGGAGAACAUUCUCAUAUCGCUUACCACGGAGAAAUGCACACUUCAAGGGGCUCGAAAUGAUCCUAAUACUGCAGUUCCAGAGAACGGGAUCACCGACCAGUCCACAGCCCAAGUGCAAAGGACAAUUUCACCAUAUAGCUAUGAUACUGUGUUGGCCGAGCUUAGGAGUAUUGUUUCCAAAAUAUUGGGGUUGCCUAUAGAGGAAAUAAAACCAGACUCUCAGCUGGCUGACCUGGGUAUGGAUUCCCUGAUGGGUGUUGAGAUGGGUUCUGAUAUUGAGACCGUUUUCAAGUGUUCGCCUGAUCAAGAAGAGAUGAUGGGGGUUACGAGUGUGGAGGAGCUUAGUACCGUCAUUUGGAAUACACUUCAACAAGGAAACAGUUCGGAGUCUUCCUGCACAGAAGAUGAAAACAGCAGUUCUCAGAGCAGCGUGUCAUCAGUUGACGAUUCGAUGCCAUACAAUAGAGGUGAUAUCAAAAAGCGCCAGGAUCUGGCCCAGGGUUUCGUCGACAGAUACUCUGCCGAUUUCACUGCUCCUUCUCCAUCUUCCGAUGCCACGAGCUGGAAUGGCUCCAAAAAGGCAGUGGUCAUCGUGACGGGUGCAACAGGUAGCUUGGGAUCGCACCUCACUGCUAAGCUUGCUGAAAGUCCUGCUGUUGGAACUGUCGUAUGUCUCAACCGGCCUAGCAGAUCAAGCUCUGCAGUGAGCCGUCAACAAGAUUCAUUAUCUGCAAAAGGCAUUGAUAUUUCCGACGAGAGCUUCAAGAAACUACGCGUUUUAGAAUGCACAAUAUCCGAGUCUAAACUCGGACUAUCUGAUGAGGAUUAUGCCUGGCUCGUCCAAAACGGUAGCGAUAUUAUGCACUGCGCUUUCCCACUGAGUCCGACUGAAACCGUAAGGGGAUUCGAGCCCCAAUACGUCGCUAUGCGCAACUUAAUUGACCUUGCACGAGAUAUUGCUAGUGCUCAAUGCAGCCACAGCGACCAGCGUCGUCGCGUUGGCUUUCAAUUCGUUUCAUCCAUCAGUGUGGUUGGUUUUGCCAAGAACCAUCCUGUUUCCGAGGCACUUCGAGGAAUCGAGUGCGCACAGCCGAUUGGAUACUCAGAAGCGAAGUGGGUGUGCGAACAUAUGCUUGAGGCGACUCUGCGUCAACACCCUGGCUUCUUCCGAGCAAUGUCAGUGCGUUGUGGUCAGAUUGGAGGUUCCAGCACAUCUGGAUUCUUCAAUAAGAACGAACACGUGCCUUUCAUGAUCAAGUCAGCUCAGAGCCUCCGUGCUUGGCCCGAUCUUGCUGGUCAUGUCCUGUGGGUUCCUGUUGAUCAGGUGGCUACAGUAAUGGUGGAGCUCAUCCACGUCGACGAUGCCAUCGAAGAUACCUCCAUUCCCAACACGGUCUAUCAUAUCGAAAACCCUGCUGGUAGAGCUUGGAAGGAUUACAUACCGGUGAUUAUCAAGGAGCUUGGUAUACCUGCAGAUAGGGUCAUCCCCGUUGGAGAAUGGGUCAAGGAGGUAAAGGCCUCUAAGUUGGAUCGGGCAUCCAACCCAGCCGCCCUCUUUGGUGACUUCUACUCUGGCUACUAUGUGCCUUUGAUGUGUGGUAUGGUUCUUGACUCAGCUGAGAGCAGAACGAAUUCGAAGACAAUGGCAAAGAUGGAACCUAUUAGCGAUGACACGAUGAAAUUGUAUAUCGACGGGUGGAAGAAGAGCGGAUUUCUUAAGAUAUGA